AUGGAAAUUACCACCAAAGCUGGAAGCUCCAAAAUUAUUUACCCCCUUUGCAGUACUCAUCUGUGUAUCAUUCUAUUUCCUAACAUUGAAGGUUGCUUGACUUGCUGGUGCCCCUGUGUUACCUUUGGCCGCAUUGCUGAGAUUGCAGACAAAGGCUCUACAUCAUGCUGCAUGAGUGGGACCCUGUAUGUUUGUCUGUCGCUCUUAUGCUGUCACUGGUUGUAUUCUUUUCCCAAACGCUCGGCGAUGCUGUCUCAAUAUAACUUGCAAGAAUGGCCCUUCAUGGACUGGUACGUCCACCACUACCCGAGUUGCGCGCUAUGCCAAGAGUACAGGGAGCUGGAAAAUCGCGGCUUCAACAUGGCCAAAGGUCUCUGAGUCUUA